GUGAGUGUGAUUAUUUUAUAAAUUGCUUCUUUGUCCAUGACGUCGUGCACUGAAUCUGAAACUUUUCAUAUUCGUUUCCAAGAGAUGUUGGUCUUGGUGCUGUAAAAUUUCUGCACAUCAUUGGAUCACUGUGUGCCGUUGCGAAAGUUGCAGGUAGCGGUCAAAGACUCAAAGCUAGAACCAUGUUCAUUGAUAUGGAUUUUGAAAGCUUUUUGCAAGAGCUGGGUGAUGAUUACAUACAGGAGAUGGAAUCUUCUUCUUGUGCGACUAAUUUUGAUGUUGAUCUUCCAUCACAAUGUUAUGAUAAGCAGGGGGUAUCUAAUUGUACUCAAAUUGAAGAUAAUGGAAAAGGAAAGGUUGACACAGAAGUAGCACCACCACCACCAACUAAAAGAAGAAGGACCUCUAAAGUUUGGGAUGUGUUUGAUAAGAUCCAGAGGGAAGAUGGGACAGAAUGGGCCAUCUGUAAACAUUGCAAAAAGCAGUAUCUAGGAUCAAGCAAGACAGCAGGAACCUCAAACCUAUUAAAACAUAUGGAAAAAUGUCCAGGUACAAGAGAUGGUGAUGGAGGUAAACCACGUGAUGAAACCAGGAAAAAAAGGAGCUACAAGAGCAUAGUCAGAAGUAAUCCAUUGAGUGCGGUUGAGAAGGAUUCCUCAGAAAAUUUUGGAUCCUAUAGCAGUUUAAAGGCCAACAUACGUGACACUUAUUGGAAAGAGAAGGAAAAACUCGCAAGUUUCAUUAACAACCGGUCAUCAGGUCGUUCCAAUUUAACAAUUAAUUGGUGGAGACGCACUGAUGGUAUAAUUAAUUGUUGUUUGACCAAGAACUUCAUAGACGAUGGUUGGGAACUAAAGAACAAGGUUCUUUCUUUCAGAAGUGUGAGAUUCUCCGACAGUUCCGGGGGACUUUUAGGAACUUUCAAAAGCAUGCUAUUGGAAUGGAAGAAUCUUGACAAAAAUGUGUUCAGUAUAACCGCACAAUGUACUGAGGAGGCUUAUCAGGCAGCCAGCGAGAUUAAAGGGUGGCUUCUUCAUCAACAUUCACUUCCUUUAAGUGGAACAUUGUCACAUAUUAGUUGCUUGGUACAUAUUCUCAAUCUUCUUCUUGAGGAUGGAUCUCAGGAAGUAAAAGAUGCACUUUGCAAUGCAAUGAAGUGCAUUUCUUACGUCCAUGAUAAACCAGAACGUUAUGAAAAAUUCCGAAUGGCAGUACAUCUAGCGAGGGCGCAAGGUAGCAUUGUGAGUUAUGAAGAUAUGCCUACGAGUGAGACAUUAAUUAGCUUCCAAAAAUUUGAGGGCAUUUUCAGGUUAAGAGAAGCUUUUAAUAUGUUAAAGAUGAUCGAUCUGGAUUUUGGCAGCUUAAAUCCAGUAGAUGAGGAAUGGGACAAGGCUACCUACAUUUACCAGCAAGUAAAAGUGUUAGAUGAAGCUGUUAAGAGGCUUUCAGGUAAACAAUCAUGCCUUACCACAAACGUUUAUUUUCCUGAGGUUUGCAACAUACACAGGAGCCUGUGUAAAUGGGUCAAAGGUGACAAUUUAAAUGUUUACUUGAUGGCUUGUAAGAUGAAGAAAAAAUUUGACACAUAUUGUGAAAAUUGUGGUUUGGUUUCAGCAAUCGCUGUAGUUCUUGACCCACGGUUCAAAUUUGAUAUUGUGGAGCGCUGGUUUAAGGAAAUAUUUGGCCAUGAUGCUGACGAGUACUAUGCAAGAAUGGGCAGAAUAGACUACACUCUUAAGCAAGUUCACAACGAAUAUUCAGAAGGCUUCAACAAUUCAUCGGAUCAUUUUGACAUGCUAGAUCCCCUGGGAAUGCCAUCCACUUCUUCAAAAGAUGAUAAAAAUGGAAAAUCCGAAAAAUCAGAACUUGAACGAUAUUUAGAAGAGCCCAAUUUUCCUUCAGUUAAAGAUUUUGACAUACUGACUUGGUGGCGUGUCAAUACACCAAAAUUUCCAACACUAGCAAAGAUGGCUCGUGAUUUCUUGGCAAUACCCAUAUCAACUGCUCAGUCAAAUCCCUCAUUCAAUGAUAGUGUUAUGAAGAUUGAUCCAACCGCCAUUGACGUAGAUCCUAAGACCGCGGAAGCUUUUGUCUGUGUAAGGGAUUGGAAGCAAAAGGCUGAAAAGUAGGGCUGAUAUUGCAUCACCUUUCAUCUACUUCCGUUAGCAGAAAAAAAAAAAGAGAAAAAUAAGAGGGUUCUGUUCUUCAGUUACGCAAAGAAGAAUUGGAGAUUGCUUUACUGAUUAUAUUCUAGACUAUUUCAUGCAUGUACACUUUUACUUCAUUGUAUAUAUGCCUUUGCUUUCAUGUUCAGAGUUGUGUUCAAGUUA